UCUAGGGAGUUCUAUGACAUUUGGGCAGAUUCAAACCCCCUUGAUCAAGCUCUGGCUGGGCAGGACGCCUUUUUCCUAGAACAAACCAAGAAGCAGCCUGUGAAGCGUCCUGACAGGCUGAAGAAGACCCCGUCCGAGCUGCCCGCCAUGGAGGUCAUCUCCCCAGGAGGAUCUUACAAUCCCAGCUUCCAGUCUCACCAGGCAUUGCUCCUCCAGGCCUUUGAAGCCGAGCUGGUGAGGCAGAAGGCAGAGGAGAGGCUGCAGCGUCAGCUGAAUUUCCCCACCGCCGCUGAGGCCCCCACCCAGGUGAGGGCUGGUACCCAAACAACAAGGAGGGCCAGUCCCGAACAAGGGCUGAACCCUGUCCUGAAUUCUUCUUGGGAUAGAAUUAUUCAGAGAGAAGAUCACAACGACUGGAGGAAGGGCUUUCCCCACG